AUGGAAGAGAUAUCCAAUUUACCAGCAAGAUUUUUUAAGGUUGUUUUGCCUUCGACCACUGCCCGACAAAGAUUGAGGAUCCCGAAUAAAUUUGUCGAAAAGUAUGGAAAUGAACUAUCGAGCGUUGUCACACUUGCUGAUCCUAUUGAUGGCAUUUGGUGUGUGAGGUUGGAAAAGGCGGAAAAGACAAUUUGGCUUCACGACGGCUGGGAAAAGUUUUUUGAUGGCCACUCCAUCGAUUAUGGCGACUUGUUACUCUUCAAAUAUAGAGGGAAUUCAAGCUUCAAUGUUCAUAUAUUUGACCUGACGGCAACUGAAGUUGACUAUCGUAAUAAUCGUAACUUCAGAAAGGACGAGAAUAGUGAUGAUGAUUCUGUUAAAAUUCUAACUUCCUUCCCUAGUAAACCGGAGAUUUCUUCUUCGAGAAAUGUUAUGGGAAAUGAAUGUGGGAUCCAUGCAACAUAUGGUAUAAGACAUGGAGUCAAUAGAGGACACCGUGAUGCAGCUGAGAUGUCAAUAUCUCACCAUUCUUAUCUAACACGAAGCAAAUGUAAAAUAGAAGAUGGCGGGCUGGAAAUUAAAAUAGAGAAUUUGAAUACAUCAAAAAAUUUUUCACCUAAGUAUCCUUCAUUUGGAGUCUAUUUGAAGCAGAACAAUCUUUUUCCAAGGUGUUGUAUGUACGUUCCAGUCGCGUUUGCUGAGCAUCUUCCUAGUUCUUCUGGGCAUUUCGAACUUCAUGAUUCUGAUGGUAAGAAGUGGCUACUCAAUAUCAUUCGAGGAAAAAGACGCAAGAACUAUUUAUGCUCAGGAUGGAAGACAGUUGUAAAGGAAAAAAACCUCAAGGUGGGAGAUACAUGUGUCUUUGAGUUGAUCGACGUCAAUAAAUGUAUGCUAAAGGUUCUCACAUUUGGCGCGCAACACAGGACUGGACUCAUUGCCGAUGCAGCUUGA